GUCGAACAGCACUGUCAAGAGACUGACGGCGAUAAACCGCAAACAUGACUUCAACAAUCGGCAUCCCGAUCAAGCUACUCAAUGAGGCUCAGGGCCAUAUCAUUACCCUCGAGAUCACCACCGGCCAGACCUACCGCGGCAAGCUGAUAGAUGCCGAAGACAACAUGAAUAUCCAGCUCCGCGACAUCACCGUGACGGCGCGUGACGGUCGCGUCAGCCACCUGGACCAGGUCUACAUCCGCGGCAGCCACGUGCGCUUCUUUAUUGUCCCGGACAUGCUGCGCAACGCCCCCAUGUUCCGCAGCCGCAACGUGCGCGGCCGCGGUGUCGGUCUCGCCAGAGGUCGUGCCACAGUCAACAGGGCGCGUGGCGGCGGUGGAAGGGGAGGCAGGGGAGACAGGUGAUUUCUCUUUGUUAUACUUCCUUUAUGGUUUAUAAGAGACAAAACAAGGGGGAAAGCAAGAAAGACCAAAAAAGUCCCCGUUUUCUCACUUCUUUAACGAUAAUGACGAUUUGUUCCACAUGGCGCCCCGGGUCGAUUUCGGGCCAUCACGUGCCUGCCAUCAAGCUAUACCUGGAGCUGUGGCAUAUUUAUCGCGUGGUCUGGCUUGCGGUGACGGACUGGUAAAGCUUGGCUUUUCGGCAUAGACAAAAAGGUCGAGGUUGGCAUAUGAGCUGCUAUCAUCGCUUGGGGUUCGGGGAUUUCUGAUAAGCCAUUUUUCGUGCUCGUUUGGGGUCGAAAUACAUCUCCAGGGCGUUGUGGGGUGUUUGAAUGGCUCGUCGCCAUUGUCGCAGCUUGUUCUCGAUGCCCAGGUACUCAAAAAGAAGAAAACAAAGGUUACCCAACAAUGGCGGCGAGACGAUCAAAGUCACUACGAGGCUUUGAGGAAACUUGAUGUCUGCACAAUUCAAUAUUCACAGUGAUCAACCAAUCAUUAUGUCGACUGAUUAAUAUUUGCAUACAUAUAUACAAUGUUGUACAACAUUGGCGAGUUGUGCCCAUGUUACCUGAGCUUCUCAAGUGCGUCCCCGGCGGUA